AUGAGGUCGACAAGCUUCGUCGCCAGCUGCCUGGCCGCCGUCUCGAGCUUCGCAUGCGCCGAGCUCAACCACUCCAAGCCAUUGCUCUCCAAGCAGGUGCUCCCGGGCACCUUCACCCCUCCCCAGGUGUUCAAGAACAACAACCUGGUCCGGAACAUCAACCUCGACAAGUCGUACCCGCGCGAAACCAUCAACAUUGUAAUCGAGAAUGUGGACGCGAAACCCCAAUCCGAGUACUACCUGCCAUUCGAGUCGAGCUUGCUGGCGAACAUUGGGGGGUUUGAAGUAAGAGACAAGAAGGACGCCAGCAAGGGCAUCUUCGAUGUCGAGGUUGUGGGAUACGAUGCGGACAGCUCCACCGAGUUCUACAAGAUCCACCUCCCCGAGCCCCUGGCACCCCAGGCGCAGCAGACCAUCAGCAUCACCUACGCCGUCCUCUCCUCCCUCCAGCCCGUGCCCGCGCAGAUCGCGCAGACGGACAAGCAGUACCUGCAAUACACCUUCAGCGCGUACACGCCCUCCGCCUACCUCACCGAGAAGCAGCGCACCAAGCUCAAGUUCCCCACCAGCGAUGUGCCCGACUACACCUCCCUCCCCGCCGAGCUCAACGAGGAGCAAAAGGCCGACCCGCAGAAGCAGGGCUCGUCCUUCACAUACGGCCAGUACACCAACGUGCCAGCCGGCGCACAGCAGCCCGUAAGCGUGCGCUACGAGUUCACCAAGCCCCUCACCCACGCCACCCUGCUGGAGCGCGACCUCGAGGUUUCGCACUGGGGCGGCAACCUGGCCUCCGAGGAGCGCUACUGGCUGGUCAACCAGGGCGCUGGCCUCAAGAACCACUUCUCGCGUGUCGAGUGGCAGAAGCAGUCCUACAUGAAUCCGCCCACCUUCGCGCUCAAGGGCCUCAGCUUCUUCCUGCGCCCCGGUGCCGUGGAUCCGUACUUCACCGACGACAUUGGCAACGUCUCCACCUCCAAGUUCCGCUCCGGCAACAAGGAGGCGCUGCUUGAGUUGAAGCCCAGAUACCCCGUCUUCGGCCAGUGGAAGUACAGCUUCCGCGUGGGCUGGAACGCCGAGCUGGCCACAUACCUGCGCAAGCUCUCUGCUGGCGAUACCUAUGCGCUCAGGGUCCCCUUCCUCGAGGGCCCUCGCGCCAAUGAAGGCGUCUCGUACGCUCGCGUCAACCUCCGCGUCAUCCUCCCAGAGGGCGCUACCAACGUCAAGUUCCAGACCACCGUGCCCAUUGUUAGUAAUUCGACAAGCCUCCACAGGACCUUCAUGGACACGCUCGGCCGCACCACGCUCGAGCUGACUGCAAUCAAUCUGGUCGAUGACUUUAGGGAUCGCGAUCUCGUUGUGACGUACGACUACCCCUGGACUGCGGGCUACAGGAAGCCGGUCGUCAUUACGCUCGGCAUGUUUGCACUGUUCUCGGCCAUCUGGGUAUUGGGCAGCAUCGACACGAGCAUUGGAAAGAGCAAGAAGGCGUAG